UGUCCGAUUCUCCUUAAAACAAUUUUGCGAUGCUCAACAAUUUUGUGACGACAUGUUUCACAUCAAAUCAAUAAAAACUCAUCUUUAUUUCUGCAUAAAAUGGUAUCGAAUGAAUAGAGAAAAUGUCGGGACGUAGAAAGAAAGACAAGAAUAAACUGCUGCAAUGGAGGCCCCGUAAUGUUCUCUGCAAGGAGCUGAGAUAUCACCAAAAGAGGGACAGAAUGUCUGACUGGUCUGAGAGCUCGGAUAAGGAAAACGAUGAGACAGAGACGGUAAACGAGUGGCCGUUGCCAUUUCCUGUAGCUAUGUGGGAUUUAGAGUGCUCCAAACAGUCCAAACAUGGUACUGGCAAAAAGCUAGUGAGACAUGGUUUAACAAAGUUGCUGCGACUGAGUACACGAUUUCCAGGCCUUUGUCUUACUCCAGUGGGCAAUAAGAUAAAUUGUUUGUCGCAGUGCGUGACUCCGUUGGAUCACAAGAUUGUAGAGAAGUAUGGUUGCGCAGUUGUUGAUUGUAGUUGGUCGCGUAUCGACGACACUCCCUUUGACAAAGUAAGGACAUCUCAUCCUCGCAUAUUGCCUUUCUUGGUUUCUGCCAAUUCGACAAAACCCUGCGAAUUGAGUUGUGCGGAGGCUAUUGCAGCUACUUUAAUCAUAACAGGAUUUCCAAACGAAGCUGACCUGAUUCUUGACAAAUUUAGUUGGGGACACUUGUUCCUAGAACUAAACAGUGAAUUGUUGGAAAAAUACGCUCGUUGCACAAAUACUGAAGAAGUAAUAGCUAUACAAGAAAAGUUUUUAAAAGAUAUCCAGCAGGAAAAAAUUGAUAGACUUGCACUUUCUGACUUUCCACCAAGUGAUACAGAAUCUGAAGAAGAGGCAGAAGAAAAAGAUAAGAGUGUAUCCGAAAUAGCUAAGGAACUAGCCAAUGCAAGAAUAUAAAGUACAAUAUUGCAGUUAUUUUAUACAAUCAAAUAAUACACUAGAGGUGUGCGAA